AUGAGGCGUCCUUUCGGAUAUGUGCCUAGUUUAUGGCUCUUUAUUGAGUCAAACAUUUCUGAAGCUGAUGUCGGUGUUGCUCACUUCCGUCGCUGGGACUACAUGAUGCCUACGCUGAUACUCUUGUCUUUAUUUGCGAUUAAAUUAUCUUCAUCGGGAAUCAGACAAUAUGGACUCUUCGGCGCCUUCACCAUCAUCCUGCCUCAUUUUCCGAUCAAGAUACGAACGGCUGGGCUGAGCGAGCUUCUCCGCCAGCAUGAAGCGACUUUAGCAAGCCGGCUUAUUAUAGGUUUAGAUUGGCCAAGUCGAACGGACCACGAUACCUUCUUUCGGCUUACCAUAGGAGCCGUGUUCGAGAAUGCCGAAGCUAACUAUUUCGACGAUGAAGCGGUCCAAACCACGGCAAAACGCUGUGUCAGGACGCUUUUCGACUACUCGUGUCAGUUUGUAGGCGGUCAGGCUACCAUUUUCCUAAACCAUUCGAUACAAUUAAGACAGGUUUUCAACUCGCUACCGACUUCAUCGUGGAAGAAUCCAGCGCUUUAA